UUCCGCAGGGCGCUCUCCUGAAGGAGCAGAUCGUCAUCGGGACGCCGGGAACGACCUUGGAUUGGUGUUUCAAACGCCAGGUCAUCGACGUGACGAAGAUCAGCCUCUUCGUGUUGGAUGAAGCCGACAUCAUGAUGGACACGCAGGGUCUCUCCUGUCAGAGCAUUCGCAUCCAGAGGGUUUUACCCAAAAAUUGUCAGAUGUUGCUUUUCUCAGCCACUUUCAAAGAAAGCGUCCGAGCUUUCGCCGUCCGAAUCAUCUCCAACCCCAUCGUCAUCAAACUGCGGGAGGAGGAACUGACCCUGGGCAACAUCCGGCAGUAUUUCUUCGUUUGUAAAAACCGGGAAGAAAAGUACGGAGCCCUUUGUAACAUCUACGGCAGCGUCACCGUGGGCCAAGCCAUGAUCUUCUGCCAG